AUGUUAUCCAAAGCGACAACUUUGAAAGCGGGCCUAAGAACAAGAGUGCUUGCCUCCGGACAGUCUGUCUCGAGACAAAGGAGAAUGCUGUCGAUCCACGAAUUCAGAUCUGCAGAACUUUUGAGAAAGUACAAAAUUGGUACACCUGCUGGCAGAGCCGCUACGACUCCUGAAGAAGCUUACGAAGCUGCUAAGAGUUUGGGUCACGACAAGUUGGUCAUCAAGGCGCAAGCUUUGACUGGUGGUCGUGGUAAGGGUCAUUUUGACACUGGAUUGAAAAGCGGUGUGCACAUGAUUGAAAGCGCGGAACAGGCGCGUGAUUUGUCCUCUCAGAUGCUGCAACACACGCUGAUCACCAAGCAGACAGGGGCCAAGGGGAAACCAGUCAGCGCUGUCUACGUUGUUGAACGCGUUGAUGCGAAACACGAAGCUUACCUGUCUUUCUUGAUGGACAGGCAAACCAAGAGAUCCAUGAUCAUUUGCUCCCCUGAAGGUGGUAUGAACAUCGAGGAAGUCGCGAAACGCAACCCAGAUGCGAUCAAGAAAUUUUACAUCACAGAGUCUGAGGGUUUGCAGCCUGAGACCGCCCGCCAAGUCGCCCAGAACCUUGGUUUUUCUUCCGAGGCUGAAUCAGACGCUGCAGACGCCGUGACGAAGAUGUACAAAAUCUUUAAGGACAAGGACGCGACUCAAAUCGAAAUCAAUCCCUUUAGCGAAGUCGUUGGUCAGGACACCAAGGUGAUGUGCAUGGACGCCAAAUUCGGGUUCGAUGACAACGCUGCUUUUAGACAGGAAGAAGUGUUUUCGUGGAGAGACUUGUCUCAAGAGGACCCUGACGAAGUGAUUGCCAAGAAGUACGAUUUGAAUUUUGUCAAGUUGCAAGGCAAUAUAGGGUGUCUUGUGAACGGUGCCGGGCUGGCAAUGGCCACCAUGGACGUUAUCAAGCUUUACGGUGGUGACCCAGCCAACUUUUUGGACUGCGGUGGUGGUGCCACUCCCGAGACGAUCGAGAUCGCGUUUAAAUUGAUUCUAUCCAACAAAAAGGUGGACGCUAUCUUCGUGAACAUUUUCGGAGGCAUUGUCAGAUGCGACUACGUCGCCGAGGGGCUUGUUGCUGCUACCAAGAACCUUGCGGUCAGCGUUCCGAUUGUGGCUAGAUUGCAAGGUACCAACUUAGAAGAAGGCCAGAGAAUCAUCAAGGAAUCCGGUCUCAAGAUAUAUUCGUUUGAUGAGCUGGACCCAGCGGCGCAAAAGGUCGUGGAAUUGACAGAGGGGAAGAACUAG